AUGGCCAUCCCACGAUGGCGGCUGGAGACAACGCUGGAAAAGGAAUCGGCCCAUAUGGAAUUCCCCGGAGCCGACAUCUUCUUGUACAGCGUCAAGCACUGGGAAGACCUCACAGCCGGCGAAGGUGGACGCCUCGGCCGUCUCUCCGAUGCUCUUAUAAAAGACGCGGCAGCCAACAAGAAGUGCCGCGAUCUCAUCACGAUGGAUGGAAAACAUCGUUUCGAAGAUAGUCCUAUCAACGACCUUACAUUGAGGCUUGGCACGUAA